GGGCCCGCUCCCGCCGCCCGCCUCGGAUGGAGGACGCCGACUCGGCGGCGAAGCAGCUGGGCUUAGCGGAGGCGGCGGCUGUGGCGGCGGCAGCCGCGGUAGCGGCGGCUGCGGAAGGGCCCGGGCAGCAGGAGCAGCCUCCGCAGGCUCCGCAAGCGGCGGCCUCGCAGUCAGAGGCGGCCGCGCAGGUGACGGCGGUGACGGUGAUGGCGGCGGACCCCGAGCACAUCGAGAUGGGAGCCGAGCCGCUGCCGAGCGCCGACGAGGCCGCCGCCACCUUCGCAGAAGUCACCACGGUGACCGUCGCCAGCGUCGGGGCCUCUGCAGACAAUGUUUUCACCACGUCCGUGGCCAACGCAGCUUCCAUUUCAGGACACGUGCUGUCUGGGAGAACAGCCCUGCAGAUUGGGGACAGCCUGAACCCCGAAAAAGCCACUCUCAUCGUGGUGCACACGGACGGCAGCAUUGUGGACACCACGGGGCUGAAGGGGCCCUCCACGCCUCUCACACCAGGACCUCAGUCUUCUCCUACCCCUCUGACAUCUGUCCAAGAGAAAACUGGAACCAAGUACAACUGGGACCCAUCUGUGUACGAGAACGAGCUCCCGGUGAGGUGCCGGAACAUCAGUGGCAUCCUCUAUAAGAACAGACUCGGCUCAGGAGGCCGUGGUAGGUGCAUUAAACAAGGGGACAACUGGUACAGCCCUACUGAGUUUGAAGCUAUGGCGGGACGAGCCAGCAGCAAAGAUUGGAAGAGGAGCAUCCGCUAUGCUGGGAGGCCACUGCAGUGCCUUAUCCACGAUGGGAUUUUAAAUCCUCAUGCUGCCUCUUGUACUUGUGCUGCUUGCUGCGACGACAUGACUCUGAGUGGUCCUGUUCGACUCUUUGUGCCAUAUAAAAGGAGGAAAAAAGAGAAUGAAAUGCCUGCAGCUCCAGCAAAGAAGGAUUGCUCCAAAAACAUCACCCUGCUGCCUGCCACAGCUGCUACUACAUUCACGGUGACUCCCUCUGGACAGAUCACGACCUCAGGAGCUCUGACCUUCGAUCGCACAUCAACAGUGGAGGCCACAGCCAUUAUCUCAGAGAGCACAUCCCAGGGGGAUGUUUUCACUGGAGCCACUGUUCAGGACACCAACGUCCAGCAGCCGUGCAGGGUCAGUCACCCGGAGCCUCACUAUCCCAGUUACCAGGACAACUGCCAGAUCUCACCUUUUCCUGAAGCUGCGUUGCCAACAUCUCAUCCCAAAAUUGUGCUAACCUCGCUCCCUGCCCUGGCAGUGCCCCCCACCACUCCCACCAAAGCCAUAUCCCCCUCCGUGGUGAACGGCCUGGAGGUGACGGAGCAGCGGAGCUGGCUCUACCUGGAGGAGAUGGUCAAUUCCCUGCUGCACACGGCCCAGCAGCUGAAGACCCUGAUCGAGCAGGCCAAGCAGGCCAGCUCCUCCUUCCGGGAAGCUGCGGUCACACAGGCCAAAAUCCAAGCUGACGUGGACAGGAAAGAGCAGUACCAGAACCAGUUAUUCCAACAAUCAGAAGAUGUGGAUGGGAAGACAGAAAUCAUCAUCAAGCAAUCCUGUGUCAACUGCGGCCGGGAGGCGACGAACGAGUGCACGGGGUGCCACAAAGUCAACUACUGCUCCACGUACUGCCAGCGGAAGGACUGGAAGGACCACCAGCACAUCUGCGGGCAGGCAGCUGCAGUGCAGGCUGAGGACGUGCACGUCACAGACAGCGUGAUGGAGAAAGUCAGUGUGUGAGCAGAGCUACCUCGGUGUGGCCACUGGAUCGGCCACCCACUGACUGGUGUCAUCUGCACC